UAAUUACGUUUUACUUCCGGGUUGCACGACGAUAGCAGACCAUUUAGCAAGCUAAUAUGAGCUAGCCGCAUUUUUGUUAAAGGCCUUGGUUUAUCUAAGAAGAAACCGGAGCUCUUUCGUCGUGAAACUUCAUCAACAACUGCUCGGUUGUUUCAACUCCAUGACCAGAAUGGAUGGACAAUGAUGUCUCUCACAAGUGACGCUCACGAGAAACUACCUGCCAAAAGAUCACUGCAAUUACAAAUAUUCCAUUGGUAACUCCCGGUAGUGGCAAAACUUUGCCCUUUCACCACAUAAUUCACCAUGUCAUUACCAAAGGAGUCGGGGAACCGAGGAAAAGAUCGCGAGAGGGGAGCCCGGCCUAAGGUGAGGCAAAGCCGGUCAGAGGAGAGACGAGAUCCCGGCAGUGGACGGAAAUGUGUAAAGGGCAAGAAAAAAAGUCUUUCUUCCCACGAAGCAGCAGCCGCAGCCGAGAGGCCCGUCAGCGAUGGCUUCGAGUAUGGUGAGCUGCAGAGCGACCUCGAGUCCGGUGACCAAUCUUCCUCCUCACCUUUAAAGGAGAGUUUGAGAUGGCAGGGGUUGGAAGCCGCUGCCUCGUUUCUAGGACAAGACCGGGUCACGUCCAGGCCCGGACUGGGAGCAGUUAGCACUUCUACAGAGACACUUGGUGAAGGCGAGAGCAGAGGGUCAAACAGCAGCCGCACUCUCCGGCAAAAAAUCCAAGAUGCAAUGGGGCAGUGUUUCCCAAUAAAGACUAACAGCGCGGUGGUACCAGUGCCAUCUCCACCGGCUCUUUCCUCAACUGCCUGCGCCUCCUCGAGGCGCAAGAUCCACCUCAGUGAGUUGAUGUUGGAUGACUGCCCCUUCCCUGUAGGAUCAGAGCUGGCUCAGAAGUGGUAUCUGAUUAAGCAACACACAGCCCCUAUUAGCCAGCCUCCCUUGCUUGAUUCCGCAGUGGUGUGCACUGCCCCCGCUUCAGCCAUGACGACCGUGGUGGAGGACGUAGACGACAGGUUGCGAGAGCGCAGGCGCAUCAGCAUCGAACAAGGUGUUGAGCCACCACCCAACGCAGAGAUCCACACCUUUGAGGUGACGGCCCAAAUCAACCCUCUCUACAAGCAUGGCCCUAAGCUGGCCCAUGGUAUGAAUGAGUUAGCCGGGGCUGAUAGAGCCUCUGUUCAGCAACAACAACAACAACAACAACAGCAGCAGCAGCAGCAGCAGCAGCAACAACAACAACAACAACAACAACAACAGCAGCAGCUUCUUCUCCAGAGACAGCAGCAGCACCACCAGCUCCUUCUACAGAGCUGUUUGGACACUUUGGAUGAGGUGGUGGCCUCGGCCUCUGCAUCAGUCCCAGCCUUGGCCUCUGUCCACACAUGUGAUGCAAUCCCCAACCCUGUGGUAGACCCAGAGGUUACAGCGACUAACGUGCACUCGGGAGCCCUGCUCCCACCAACUGAAGAUCACAAAUCUCAUGACGGCUACCGGAUUCACACUCAGAUCGACUACAUUCACUGUUUGGUUCCUGACCUGCUGCAGAUCACCAACCUCCCGUGUUACUGGGGGGUGAUGGACCGCUACGAGGCAGAGACGCUGUUGGAGGGAAAGCCCGAAGGCACCUUCCUCCUGCGCGACUCAGCCCAGGAAGACUACCUGUUCUCGGUUAGCUUCCGCCGCUAUGGCCGCUCGCUCCACGCGCGCAUUGAACAAUGGAACCACAACUUUAGCUUUGACGUGCACGAUCCAAGUGUCUUCCACGCUCCCACGGUUACGGGGCUGCUGGAACACUACAAGGAUCCCAACUCCUGCAUGUUCUUUGAGCCCUUGCUGUCCAACCCCAUCCACCGCUGCCAGCCCUUCAACCUGCAGCACAUCUGCCGAGGGGUCAUCAGCAGCUGCACCACCUAUGAUGGCAUCAACAUGCUUCCCAUUCCAAAUACUCUAAAAAAGCACCUAAAAGAAUACCACUAUAAACAGAGAGUACGUGUACGGCGAAUGGACACCUGGUGGGAAUGAAGAACAACAAAACGGACUACAAGAAACUACUUAAGAUUUUUUUUUUUUGGCUCCCUUAACUGAACAUGUCUCGUCCAUUACUCUAUCUGGCUGUGUGUACCCACUCUGCAUUAUAGUUAUUUAUUUUACUCCUGCUGUACAUGUCUUAACAAUUGUACUUACUUACACUGAUGAGACAAUAUGUAAUCUAACUGAUCUUGCACACUUAAAGUUCUUUGUGUUUAAAUUAAACAAAGUUAUUUAGA